AGUUCAGAGAAGACGGGUGCUUUUUUCUGCACGUGUGUGCGGAAGAUAUGUGCAGGUUGAAAAAAGAAAACAGAAAAUAAACAAAGCGUCUGACAGCUGUAGAAAGUGAAAGUCAAUGGGAGAAAGAUGAGCUUGAUGCUGCAUGAUUUGCUUCUCUGCUGCCGGGGAUUAGAAAAUGAUAAGGCAACCGAGAGGAAGAAAGAAGUCGAUCGCUUCAAGAGGCUCCUUCGAGAUCCUAAAACCGUGCUGGAACUCGACCAUGCAUCGACAAGCAAAGUGUCUAGAGGCAACACCCAGCUCACAUGGGACGCAGUAUUCAGGUUCUUGAAGAAGUACCUACAGAAGGAGACCGAGCUCCUUCAGUCAGGCAAAGCUAACGUGUCUGCCACCACUCAGGCCAACCGGCAGAAGAAAAUGCAGGAGAUCAGCAGCCUGAUCAAAUAUUUUAUACGAUGUGCCAACAAACGUGGGCCGAAGCUGAAGUGCGCAGACCUGGUGGCUCACGUGGUGGACGUGCUGCAGAACACCUUCACCUGUUCUGCGUACGGAGAAGAUUACAGUAGCAUCCUGCUCAAGAACGUUCUCUCAGUCCGCAAGUACUGGUGUGAGAUUAGCCAGCAGCAGUGGCACUGUUUGCUGGAUUUGUAUUGCCGACUUUACAACGAAUCCAAGUCCAUAAACCGGGUUCUGAUCAGCAGGAUCAUUCACACCGUGGUUCAGGGUUGUUGCCUCCAGACUGAGGGGUUGGCUCACGUACUGUUCGGCUUCUUCUCAAAAGCUCUGAGUAACAGCAGAAUAGAGAGGCAGCUCCCCGUGCUGGAGCACCUCAUCUCCGCUUUGAACGUGUUCCUGCGCUCAGUGGCCAUGAAACGCCGGAGACGAGUGUGCGGACUGGGCGAGGAGCUGCUUCCUUCCGUCCUGUACGUGUGGAGCCAGAUGAGACCCAGCUUCAAGCUCAAAGAGGAGAUGGUGGAGUUCUUCAACAUACAGCUAGCCGUGCAUCAUCCCAAGGGAGCAAAGUCACUGGAGACAGGCGCUCAUGCAGAGGACUGGUCAAAAUGGCAAACACUUCUGUACAACCUGUAUGAUGCCCUCGUAGAGGAGAUUAGCCAGAUAGGCAGUCGAGGAAAAUACGCCACUGGUUCCCGUCACAUCGCUGUCAAAGAAAACCUCAUUGAGCUGACUGCAGAUAUCUGCCACCAGCUGUUUUGUCAGAAUUCCUGCGUGGUGGAGGUUCGAGGCACACAGUGGGAAGGCACACAGAGCAGCAAGCGCCGCCGUAUGGAGCUUGGUUGGGAAACGUUGAGGGAUCACCUGCAGCCCCAGCAUAGUGACUUUGACAUGAUACCCUGGUUGCAGGUGACAGCUGCUCUGACCUUCAAGUACCCAUUCAUGCUUCCGGCUCAUGAGCUGGCAUCGCUGCUCCCUCUGCUUUGCCAGUUGCUGGGGGAGCAGCAGCGUCGAGCAGAGAGGGGCCCCUAUGUUCUGCGCUGUUUGAGACACGUGGCUCUGUGCCAGGCCAAAUCCUUAAGAAAGUGCCAGGCCGUGCCGGCGGAAAUAGGCCGGAUUUGGGCCAGAGUGUGGGCGCUGGCGGUGCGCGGUGUCAGUUCUGGCCACACUGAGGCUCUGUGUCUGGAGCUGCUACAAACCAUGGUGCAGUGCAGUCUGGUACCUGUGGACAGGGAGUUCUGGAAGCUCUUUUCUGGUGCUGUGUUUAAACCCUCUGUCAUUUCAGCCAUCACCCUAGCCCAGGCCUUGUCCAAGUGUUCCGUUCCAAAGAGUGUAUACAGCAGCGAGUGUUUACCCUCUGUGUUGCUGGACACCGGAGGUCAGCCUUUGUUAAAAGAGGAAAUCAUCGACUGGCUGCUUAUGAACGAACAGAGUGACGAAACGGAGGACAGUGUCAGGCUUCACCCCAUCAUCUGCAGGGAUUUUCCACUUAACCUCAUUCCGAGAAUUCUGGGGGCCUUGAUGCUCAAAGAUACCAUGGCAGGGAUGCUGUACCUGAUGGGCUCUCUUCAGCUAAACAGCAUGUAUCCUUCAGAUCAGGCUGCAGCAACAGACCACAGAAACCCGCUGAGUGAAAUUGAGGCCUUGUUCCUGCAGGCCACUUUUGAUGACCUCCCGUCAAGAUCGGCGGCCGGACAAAACCGAAGCGCAACGUGCGGGGAGAAACCUCAGCUCAUUGUUAUCGAGUCACUCCGGACUCGACUGGAGCGAAGUCUUCUGUCUGUAGCCGAUCAUCUCCUGAACUCCUACUCGGAAAAUAAUCCCAACACCCCUCCUGUGUGUAUGGUGUACUGUUUGAGGCUACUCACUGGAGUUCUGGGUGUUUUCGUCUGCAUCGGCCUACUCACCGAGGAAGGUGUCCGUCAAAAUAAACUAUUCGAAAAAGCCAAGACUAUAUCCCGGGAAUUUUCUAAUUUCGUGUCCACUGCGAAGGCCAAGAUAGGUGAAGACGAGACUCUGGCCACGCUUAAAUCUGUCAUGCUGCCCUUCUCCGAAAGCAUCAGCAAGAAACAUAAAGACAGCGUGUCUACGGUCUGUCGCAGUUUGAUCAUGAAGACUCUGCCUGCCAGAAUGCUCAGCGAACUGUCGGAAAUAUGCAAACUGAUGCUGGGUAACUCUAGGAGAGACAGCACGGUCGUUGAGGAUACCAUGGACGACCUGGACGUGAGCAGAACUCAGGCGGAGGAGAAUCCUGUGGAGGACGUUGAUCUGUUUGAUGACGGUGAUGCGGCACAACACAGCGCUAACGGGGGUCAGAAGCCCAGCGGUGACGCAAGCGACUCUCAGCAUGGGUUAGGAGCUCAAAGCCCCCUAUCGCAGGACCACCUGACCAAGCAGGAUCUCGCCCUCCUGUGUACGUUAGAGUUCGUUUCUCUGUGCGCGUCUUUCGAGUCGAGUUACGGGCUCGGCUUCAGACCCCUGGAUUUCCGCCUCAAUCUGCUUAAACUGCUGGACUUGAUGGACUGUGCCAAACCUCUUCACUUGAGCAUGUAUCUGGUCUUGCUGAAGGUUCUUCCUGCAGAGAUGUCGUCCCUUACAGCAGAAGAGCUGGAUUUGCUGCUCAGGCCUCUUGCGGACGUGUGCUCUCAUUACCGGCAAGAUCAAGAAGUCUGCUGCGCCGUCGUGUUGGCGCUGCUGCCUUGCGUGCGCUGCUUGGGUGGCACGCGGACCACGCCCGAAGGGGACGAUGAGAUGGGUCAUGCGAGGGGCAUGCUGCUCAAGGUGGUCUCAGGUUUCUGCUUCCUGGGUCAAAGUGGCAAAUGUACCUCGUCUGUACGGGCGGCUCUGGGGCAGUGCUUACUCGCCCUGCUGGAGGUGGAUCCUUGCUGUAAAUGGGCGAUCUUAACGCUGAAAGAUAAAGAUUUUCCUGUCUGUCAGAUUCUGCCUCACCACCUCUCGGACCCUGACCAUCAUGUUCGCAUGCAGGCUGCCGUGUCCGUUGAAAGAUUAUUUCUGCAGAAGGCUGUUCAGGACGGAGAACAGAAAAAGAUGCUUCCACUCAAACACCAACAGACAGCCUUUGAGAACAUCUACCUGAAGGCUCAGGAGGGCAUGACUGACCAGAGAAACGGGGCCCCCGAGGACCUGCCUGAUGAAACCUUUAACCGUCAGGCCUCUCUGCUGAAGAGCCUAUCCAUGGUCAUGUGCUGCAGCCCCGUGUGUGAGAAACAGGCGCUCUUCGCCCUCUUUCAGUCCUACAAAGAAAACAGUAUUAAAGAGCACCUGAUCAAAAAGGUGCUGGGCGGUGUCUCUGUUCGUCUGGGCUACAGGGGUCCUGAGACGUUUGUCUCCUCUCAUCUAAAUUAUUUGAUGGCUGAAUGGCUGGGUCAGAGACAGACCGACCCUAGUUACACGCUGCAGUCCUUCCCAUAUGCGCUGCUGAAUUGCGGAGAUCUGGAGGAGUUUUACAGGUCAUCGUAUCACAUGCUUAUCCCACACUUGAUCUUCUUGAAUGACUUCGACCAGGUGAAAUCAAUCAGCAACGACUUGAAGCAGGACUGGAGGCAGCUGGUGGCCAACUGCUUCCCUAAAAUCAUGGUAAACAUCCUGCCGCACUUUGCCCUCCCCGGCCAUGAGGCGGAGGCCGUGCAGCAGAGAGAGAAAGCACAUCAGGUUUAUGACCUGCUGAAGGACAGCAAAUGCCUGGGAAAACAGCAAAUCGACAGUCUGAUAUGCGGAAACUUGGCAGACAUUGUGGUUGAGCUGUUGAUGACGUUGUAUGAGGGGGCAGGAAUGGUCGCUGCCGAAAAGGGGCACCUGCAAAGGUUUCUCGGAGAGUUGGAUCCCGCUCCAAAUCCACCGUUCUUCAGCUCAUAUGUGAUCAAAGCGACACUGGAUUACCUCAGCAAGUGCCACAGUGCCAGUCACAAGUCACUAGUAGCCAUCCUCUCCAAGACACCGUUGUCCAUACAAAAGAUCCUGACAUCAAUAUGCCAGCGCGCGGCCGAGACCACCAACGCCUACGAGAGACACCGCAUCUUAAUGAUGUACCAUUUGUUUGUCAACCUGCUGCUCCGUGAAGUAAAGGACGGCUUGGGUGGAGCGUGGGCGUUCGUGCUCCGCGACAUCAUCUACACCCUGAUACACCACAUCAACAGCAGAUGUUCGUCCAGAUCAGGUCAUCAGGGUGAAGUUUCAGCCCGCAGCCUUUUACUGUGCGUUGACCUGCUCACUACGGUCUGCCAGACGGCCAUCUGCUUCUGCGACGACGCUCUGGAGAGCCACCUGCAGGUCAUCGUGGGAACUCUGACAGCACAGGUCACGGAGCAGCCCGCGAUAUCUCAACAGGUACUGAGUCUGCUAAAGUUCCUGGUGAUAGAACAACCAGAGAAACCAGAGAACGAGUAUCUGAGGAGAGCGAUUCCUCUGCUGGAGCCUUUUCCUGAUCUGCCAGCCUUCAGGGAGCUCAGAGCAGCCCAGCAUGCACUUAAAUACAGCGUCGGAGCGUUCACUCUCAGACAGGAGAUUGAACAUUUCCUGUCCGUGACGUUAUGCGACUCUUUACCACUCACCCGAAUGGAGGGUCUAAAGGACUUGAAGAGACAGCUCCACACCCACAAACAGCAAAUCGAGCAACUGCUAAAAGAAUGUCAUGCUGACCCAGCCGGCAGUGUGCUGGUCAAACUGGUUUUGAACCUCCUGCAGCUGUGUAAGCUCGCAACCAACCAUCCUGGAGGUAGAGACAUACUGGAGGCUGUCGGGGGUUGCUUAGGGGAGCUUGGACCUGUGGACUUGUCAACCAUCGCUCUGCAUCAUGCAAAAGACGGGAUUUACACUCGGGCGGCAGCGAUAUAUUCCGAUCCUCCUCGUCAGUGGGUCUCCAUCAUCCUCAGCUGCCUAAACAAUGCCUUAACGCACCACAGUAUUUCUGUCCGCCAGGCCGCCGCUCUGUGUUUGAAGGACAUUCUGGCUACUCAGUCCGGUCUGGAAUUCUGGGAGAUGCACAAGGGCCAGAUUGACCCGAUGCUGGUUUAUCUAAGUCCGUUUCGCUCCGCCCGGAAAAAAGAGCAGACAACGAGACCGGAGAUCACCCCUGCCUCCAGAGACCGACUGGACAGUCCAGAGCUGUGGUCAGUUCAGCCUGGGAAAUACAAGGAGUGGCUGAGGAACCUGUGCACGGCUCUGCUAGACAGCGGAGGGGUUCAAAAUGAAGCCCUGCUCACGACCAGGACCCUGUGUGAGGCUAAGACAGAUUUCUGCCAGAGAAUGCUACCCCUGUUCAUCCACGAUAUGCUGCUAGGAGACAGAAACGGUUCUUGGAGGGAACUUCUCUCCACACACAUCCAGCACUUUUUCAGCAGCUGCUACAGACCGGGAACCUCUGGCAGUCGGCCCACCACCCCCAUGACCCCUGAUUCAGGUGAGACAGACGUUGGUGGGCAAAGUCAGCCAGAUAAAUGCUCUCUACGCACAAUGCUGGCAGUCGUCGACUACCUCAGACAACAGAAGCGACCACUGGGACCGAACAGUGACUACGGAACCGUGUGCGAGUCCAAUUUCUGGCUGGAUCUGAACUAUCUGGAGGUAUCUCGAGCCGCACAGCUCUGUUCGGCCCAUUUCACAGCUCUGCUGUACUCCGAGAUCUACGUGGACAACAUGCGUAAGAACAUGGAGGAGAAGCGCAGAUCUCAGACCAGGACCUCCAGGAGAAUCGCGUUCGACGACGGCAGCCAGAACUUUUCCAUAGACGCUGCAUCCCAGAAGAGCGCAGAGGACUCUGGGAUCAGUUUGCAGGACACUUUGAUUGAGGUGUACAGGAGCAUUGGGGAGCCUGAUAGUCUGUACGGAUGUGGAGGUGACAAGUUAAUCAAUCCUCUUACUAGAAUCAGGACCUACGAGCACGAAGCCAUGUGGGAAAAGGCCCUGGCAUCGUACGACCUUCACGCCAAUCUCCCAGAGGUCACGAGGCAGGUUGGCAUAGUAGAGGGACUGCAGAACUUGGGGCUGUGUGGAAUCCUGAACACGUACCUCCACGGCCUGAAAAGAGGCGGCACCGAGUGGGCACCGGAGCUGAGGGAAUUUCUUUUCCAGGCAGCCUGGCGGAACACCCAGUGGGAGACCGACCUGGAUGAAAGGAGUGAGAAACUGAAUCCUGGCUUCAAUGAGUCAAUGUUCUCAGCCCUGCAAGCCCUAAAGGACAAGGACUUCAGCAUGUUUGAGCAAACUCUGAAAUAUACCAGGGGUAACGUGGUCGAGGAGCUCUGUCGGGGCAGUUUGGAGGCUGUGUCCUCUCUUUAUCCGGCUCUACGCAGCUUACAGAUGAUUGAGGAGAUCCAAAGUGUCAAGCAACUGUUCUCAAGACCUGUCAAUGAACUUACCCUGCUGGAGGUCUACAGAAAGUGGCAUCAGCAUCUAGACCUGCUACCGGACAGCGACUUCAGCCUGGUGGAGCCGAUCAUGGCUCUGAGAUCCUCCAUUCAGGAGACACUCCUCACAUGUGAUCCCGACCGUGACAGAAAGAGCUUCCUCGGCUCCUCCUACCCCUCACACCUGAUGGAGCUGUGCAGGCUGGCACGCUCGGCGGGUAACACGCAGCUGGCGGAGAGGGCGGUGUUUCAGAUGAAGAAGCAGAGCCGGGCGGAUGUAGGAACUGGCACCGGCUGGGCAUGGCAGCUGGAGGAGGCCCAAGUGUUCUGGGUGAAAAAGGAGCAAGGGCUCGCUCUGGGUCUGCUCAAACAGAUGAUCGAUAAGCUUGAGGAUUUGGUGGACAUAAACCCUGCAGUUGUUCCGGUGUACGCUGAGUGUUUGAGGUUGUGCGGGAGCUGGCUUGCUGAAACCUGUUUAGAAAGUCCCGCUGUAAUACUGGAAAACUAUCUGGAGAGGGCCGUUGAGGUAAUCGUGGGACACGGCGAAGCUUCGGACAUCAAACUGCAGAGCCAGAAGACUCAGGCUUUCUUAUCGCUGGCCCGCUUCUCUGACGCACAGUAUCAGAGCAUCGAGAACUACAUGAGGUCGUCAGAGUUUGAGAACAAGCAGGCUCUGCUGGAGAAAGCCAGAGAGGAAGUGGAGCUUAUGAGAGAGAGAAAAGUCAGCAACAACAGGUACACGGUAAAAGUACAGAGAGAGCUGGAACUUGAUGUCCGGGCUUUAGACAAUCUAAAGACCGACCGCAAGCGUUUUUUGUUAAAAGCCAUAGAGAACUACACGCACUGUCUGGCUUUGGGCGAGGAGCACGACACCUGGGUGUUCAGGUUGGCGUCGCUCUGGCUGGAAAAUGCAGAUGUUAAGAAUGUCAAUGACAUGAUGAAGGAUGGUGUGAAAAAAAUCCCAUCGUACAAGUUCCUGCCCCUGAUGUACCAGCUGGCGGCUCGAAUGGGCACCAGAGUGUCUAACCCAGUCACGUCAGAAGAUGUGGGGUUCCACAAUGUUCUCAAUGAGCUGAUUUGUAGGUCUUCCAUGGACCAUCCUCAUCACACACUCUUCAUUAUCUUCGCUCUGGUCAACGCAAACAAGGAUGAGAACUUUUCACGAAGCCGACUGUCCAAGACCGGCGUGCGUCAGCCUUCGCCCCUGGACUUGGACAGAGCCGACGUCGCCCAGAAAAUCCUGGACGUGAUCCGGAAGCAGAGGGCAGAGUUGAUCCAGGGCAUGGAGAGGCUCUGCAAUGCAUACAUCACUCUGGCGUACAUGGAUGCCAGCAGACAUAAAACUGAGAAGAAGGCCAUACCCAUUCCAGCAGAUCAGCCCAUCAUGGAGAUCAAAGAUAUGAAUGAUGUCACAAUCCCCACCAUGGAGAUCAAGGUGGAUCCAUCGGGUAAAUAUGAGGAUGUGAUCACGAUCAGUUCUUUCAAACCUCACUUUCACCUGGCUGGGGGUGUCAACCUACCGAAAAUCAUCGACUGCGUGUGCUCUGAUGGAAAGAGCAGGAGGCAGCUGGUUAAGGGUCAGGAUGACCUGAGGCAGGAUGCUGUCAUGCAGCAGGUCUUUCACAUGUGCUCUACUCUGCUGCAGCGCAACACCGAGACCCGCAAGAGGAAACUCAAUAUACGUCGCUACAAGGUGGUGCCAUUUUCCCAGAGAAGCGGAGUUUUGGAGUGGUGCUCUGGUACUGUCCCUAUAGGAGAAUUCCUGGUUGACCUUAAUAAAGGAGCACACAAGCGCUUUCAACCACAGGACUGGACCAACAUGGCCUGUCGCAGGAAAAUGAUGGACUCUCAGAGGCUGGAAUUUGACAUGAAGCUGCAGGCAUUCACAGAGGUGUGUCAAAACUUCCGGCCCGUUUUUCGGUACUUCUGCAUGGAGAGGUUCCUGGACCCGGCAGUAUGGAUGGAGAAAAGACUGGCGUACACUCGCAGCGUGGCAACUUCCUCUAUAGUGGGCUACAUCGUAGGACUGGGUGAUCGGCAUAUCCAGAAUAUUCUAAUCGACGAGCAGACGGCGGAGCUAGUACACAUAGACCUGGGAGUUGCCUUCGAGCAAGGGAAGAUCUUGCCCACUCCGGAAACUGUGCCUUUCAGACUAUCCAGGGACAUCGUAGAUGGAAUGGGUAUCACCGGCGUGGAGGGAGUGUUUAGAAGAUGCUGUGAGAAGACCAUGGAGGUGAUGAGGAGUUCCCAAGAGGUCCUCCUGACCAUAGUGGAGGUGCUGCUGUACGAUCCGCUGUUCGACUGGACCAUGAACCCGCUGAAGGCGUUUUACCUGCAGCAGCAGCAGGACGAGCAGGCCGAGCUCAAUGCCACUCUGAAUCCGACUCCUGCUGGAGAGGAACCCGAAACCCAUCGCAAAGCCAGCGAAAGCCAGAACUUCAACAAAGUGGCGGAGCGGGUGCUGCUGCGUCUGCAGGAGAAGCUGAAAGGUGUGGAGGAGGGAACCGUGCUCAGCGUGGGUGGCCAGGUCAACCUGCUCAUCCAACAGGCCAUGAACCCUAAAAACCUGAGUCGGCUCUUUCAUGGAUGGCAGGCCUGGGUUUAAUUCCGAGGGCCCCUACACACGGCUUGAUGGCACUUAUACACACAAUAAAAUACACUUUUUUUUUUUUCAACAGACCUGCAAAAAAACUGUUUUAUUUAAAUAUAGGUGUAAUAAAAUGAAAUUAAAUGA